AUGCGUCGUCCGCCAUUGAUUAGUAAAUACGGUGCUUUGCGCAUCGCAGCAAUAUUAUUGGGUUGCUGUAGCUAUCUCCCUAUAGUCGGCGCACAAGGCCUCUUCCCCACGCUGGAGAACGUGGCAGCGUUUAAGCCUAUCUCUAUAGAGCCACCUAACGCCACGUGCGGCUUCCCACGCAGGAGCGUUUUCUGCCAUAGUGAUGAGAGCGCGGAAAGCCUCCAGACCUGCGCUCAGCGCUUAUGCGUCCAGGAUUGCCCCUAUCGCUCUGUCUCUCCGCUCUACCACCCGCUUCUCCUGGGCGACCUCGGAGCCUGCAUCAGGGAGGACAGGAGGGACGUCCACCCUGGGUCCAGGAACAGCUCCAGCAGCUUCAUAUUUUAUGAUCACCAGGACUGCGUUGUCACAGCGCCAGCUUUAGGAGUCGGAGGCUCAUUUACUCUCACCGUGUGGCUGAAACCUGAGCAAGAUGGUGUAAUGUGUGUGAUGGAAACGUCGGCUGAUGGGCAGAUUGUGCUGAAACUCACAAUUUCGGAGAAGGAGACGGUGUUUUAUUAUCGCACAGUAAAUGGUUUGCAGCCUCCUAUAACAGUAAUGACACAGGGGCGAUUUCCUGCACAGACAUGGAUUCACCUCAGCGUACAGCUUCACUAUACCAAGAUAAGUUUCUUCAUCAAUGGACCUGACGAAGACCUUACAGCAUUUGACUCAAGACAUCUCACUGAUCCGAUUUAUGAUACUGAUAAUGAUGCUUAUAUAAGACUUGGACAAAACAUCAAUGGUACAGAACAAUUUAUUGGAAGAAUGCAAGAUUUCCGGUGGUAUAAGGAGGCUCUUACUAACAGAGAGAUCUUGGACGUGUUCUCUGAGAAGUUUCCGCCUUUGCCCAUUCGCUCAGAGUGCCGGUGUCCCGGCAGCCACCCACGCCCCGAGCAGGUUACCGGAAGGUUCUGCCUUCCAAAUGGAGUCCAUGUCGCAACCAAGGACAAAGUUCUAAGGCUGCAUCCAGAGGCUCACCCGAUGUCCUACAUGAAUGAUAAUGAUCUUCACACAACGUGGAUUUCCUCUUUGCUCUCUGCUGAAGACACCGACAAAGGCGUGGCGAUAACCCUGGACUUAGCCAGCGGCCAAUAUCAGGUAUUUUACAUCAGUGUGCGGUUUUACAGCCCAAUGCCCAAAGCUUUAGUAAUCCAAAGGAAAAAACACAUGAGCGCAGCCUGGGAGGACUGGCAGUAUUUCGCAAGUGACUGUGACGUUUUUGGAAUGGAGGAUAAUGGCCGUCUAGAAUAUCCAGAUUCCGUCAACUGUCUCCAGCUCCCCAAGGACCCUCCGAUCUCACAGGGAAAUGUCACCCUGAGUCUUCUGAUGCCAGAACCCAAUCAUCGCCCGGGCUACAAUGACUUUUAUCAAACACGUGAGCUCCAGGAGUUUGUGACAGCCUCUCUGGUGAGGAUCCAGAUGAUCGGCCAACAUCACACACAGGACCCUGCGGUGAGCCCCCGACACCGCUACUAUGGAAUACGUGAGAUUACAGUCAGCGGAAGGUGUAAUUGCCACGGGCACGCUAAUUCUUGUGACACAAGUGUUUCGCCUUACAAGUGCCUCUGCGACACGACGAGCUACACUGACGGAGAUAAUUGUGAUCGCUGCUUGCCGCUCUUUAACAACAAGCCUUUUCGUCAAGGUGACCAUGUGAAUGCAUAUAACUGCCUGCCCUGCCAGUGCUACAACCAUUCAUCCAGCUGUCACUACAAUGCCACUGCAGACCCUCAGCCACAUGACCACUACCGAGGAGGUGGGGGUGUGUGCGACAACUGUGAACACAACACUACAGGAAGAAACUGCCACGUCUGCAAGGAUAACUUUUACCGGCGAGAUGACGCUGACCUGUCGGCUGAGGAUGUGUGCCAGCUCUGUGACUGCGCCGACGAGGGCACCGUUAACAAGAGCCAGAACUGUGACAAGAUCGGAGGUCAGUGCAGCUGUAAGCGGAAUGUCCGGGGCAGGCGAUGUCACCAGUGCAAAGAUGGCUUCUACAAUCUGCAGGGUUCCAAUCCUGACGGCUGCCAACCCUGCGGAUGCAACACUGCGGGAACGCUCAGCGGAGAUAAUACGUGUCACCAAACUACAGGCCAGUGCAAAUGCAAACCUAACGUCAUAGGUCCUCGGUGCGACCGCUGCAAACUGGGCUUCAGACAAGACACAUUUGGACAGGAUAGCUGUAUACAAUGCACGUGCAACGCUUAUGGCUCCAUCAAUCAAUUCUGCAAUCCAACCAGCGGACAAUGUAAAUGCAGAAGGAAUGUCAGCGGACUUAACUGUGACACCUGUAUUGACAUCUAUUAUGGGUUGGAUGCUGACGGUUGUAAACCUUGCCGGUGUGACACGGACGGGAUUAUCGCUGGAACAGUUUGUGAUGCUGUGACAGGACAAUGCCUCUGUCAGCCUAAUGUUGGUGGACGGCGUUGCAAUGAAUGCCUGGACGGCUACUACACAUUCACCGAGAAUGGCUCCGUGUCGUGCCGGCCCUGCCAGUGUGAAAGAUCGGGCACAGCGGACGGCUCUCAGUCUUGUGACAAGUACACGGGACAGUGCGAGUGCAAGGCCGGUGUAACAGGACAGCGGUGCACCGUCUGCAUCCGCCAUAUGUACAACCUGACCGGGGAAAACACUUUGGGCUGCCAGGACUGUGACUGUGACCCAAUGGGAACUUUGCCGAGUACAGCGUGCGACCCAAUCACCGGACAUUGUCUGUGUCUGCCAAAUUAUCGCGGGAGGAAAUGUGACACGUGUAAGCCUGGUUUUUAUUUACCCGCCGAUCGGAAUAUGGGCUGUACGCCGUGUUUUUGCCACACCAAAGGUUCCAUUAAUGACACCUGCAAUGAGAUCAGUGGUAACUGCUAUUGUCGGGACCAUUCCUUGUCUGGACCUAAGUGUGAUCAAUGCAGUGAAACCUUCUAUGGAUUUGAUGUGGAUCUUGGAAGAUGUCAGCCAUGCACAUGUAAUACCGCUGGAGCCGUCAACGCUAGCUGCCACCCAGUCACUGGUCAGUGCUUCUGCAGACGCUUUGUGAAAGGUUUCAGUUGUUCACACUGUGUAGAAGGUGCUAACAGCCUGGACGGGGAGAAUCCGUAUGGAUGCAGCUCAACUCCGUCUCAGCAGCGCCCUCCCAGAGGACACGUCCUGAAUAGCACCACCGUUCUGCUUACAUGGGCGCCACCUGAUUACCCCAAUACCAACCGGAUAAACUACGUGUUGUACAGAGACGGUCUGAGGAUCUAUCACACCACGGACUAUUACCCGUUCAGUGCACAGAGUUAUAUGGACGCGGCGCUGUUACCGUACACCGCCUACUCUUAUCGCAUUGAUGCAAGGAACGUGCAUGGAGCGGUCAGCAGUCCCACGGUGGUGUAUCGCACAAGAGCCGGAGUGCCGUCUGGCCAAUUACACUUAAGGCCCAGCCGCCCUGUGGGGCAACAAUCUGUCUCUCUGAACUGGACUAUUACCCCCCAUGAAACUGGCCCAAUAGAGACUUUCAGGCUGACGUAUACACCUGUGGGUUCAUCCGGGACCAUUGCGGCUUAUGAGGGCCCUGAUUCAAAGGCCACUGUUCAUGAUUUAACUCCUUUUACCAAGUAUAAUUUUUCGGUCCAGGCAUGUACCUCAGAGGGCUGUCUGCAGAGUCUGCCAAUCACCGUGGUAACAGCUCAGGCGCCACCUGCAGGCCAGGCACCGCCAGUUCUGCGGAACUCCAGCUCUACAGACCUUCAUUUACAGUGGUCACCGCCAUCGCAGCCUAACGGAGUCAUUAUAAGACAUGAACUGUACAUGAGAAGCUUCCGCCAGACAAUUGAGCGGCGGGUCUUCCAAGCCAGCGGAUGGCUCAACCCGCAGACAGUUGUAGAGUCCGCAAACGAAAAUGCGCUGAAGCCACCGGUGACCAGUGCAAUUAUUACUAAUCUGGAGCCAAACACAGAGUAUGAGAUUUGUAUUGUGUCCACAAAUAUGGCUGGCAGCGUCGCUUCCGAAUGGAUCACAUGUAAAACUGCGGAGUCUGAACCCACCUUCAUGCCGCCCCCGUCGGUGCUUCCUCUGUCACCGCAUUCUCUGAACGUGUCCUGGGAGAGACCGGCCAACAACGCGGAGAGAGGAGAGAUUACCGGCUAUACUGUCAACAUGGUGUCUCAGGAUCCGCCGGAGGAAACCCUUGCAGGAGGAGCCUCCUCUGCGGUGAUCUACGUCGCUGAGAGUCAUGAACUAUUUUAUGCAGUGACCGGGCUGGAGCCCUACCGUGAUUACACAUUCACUGUCACCCUCUGCAAUAAGGUUGGUUGUGUGACCAGUGACCCUGGACUCGGAAAGACUUUAUCUUCAGCGCCAGGAGAAAUAAAUGCGCCACUAGUGGAGGGAAUCAGUGGCACGGUCAUGAAGAUUGCUUGGUCCGCACCUGCGAAGCUUAAUGGUCCUUUACCAGUGUACAAGCUGGAAAGGACAGAGCCGUCACUAGCCAUACACAGCGAAACGCGCUAUGUCAAAGGAACGCGCUUCCCAGGACACGGCUACAUCAGAUUCCCAGCAUCCACCUGGCCAGUGGACUUUACAGGUAUUAAGGUGGAAUUCAGAACGAAGGCAGCGGAGGGGCUUAUUCUGUGCGCUGUGUCAGCUGGAAUGACGGGAGAAUACUUUGCGCUCCGUAUAAGGAAGGGACGCCCUUAUUUCCUCUUUGAUCCACAGGACUCAGCAGCGACAGUAACUCCCACGAAUGAUGGCGGUAGACGCUACGAUGAUAACAACUGGCAUCAGAUCCUCAUUACAAGACAUCAUGGGAUGGAAAUUAUAACUGUGGAUGGAAAGUAUUCAGGUUCUGCGGCAGCCAAUGGCCACACAGUUGUUGGGGAGAACACUACACUGUUUGUUGGAGGCCUUCCAGAGCACCCUUCUACCCAGAGACAAGCCACCGGCAGCGCAAAUAUUAUUCCGGAGACUUUUGCUGGUUGCCUUGGUGACAUAUUGGUACAGCACAGCGUCCGUCCUAAUGAAGAAUGGGAGCUACUAGACUGGGAUAAGGCAGAAGAAAGAAGCAAUGUCUAUGAGAGAUGGGAGGGGUGCCCCGAGACCGUAGAAGGGGGGGCACAUUUCCUGAACUUCGGUUUCCUUGAACUUCCUCCCACCGUAUUCCCGGCUGGACCAAGCUUUGACAUAUCAUUCAUGUUCAGAACUGACCAGCUGAGCGGACUUCUGCUCUUUAUCUACAACACAAAUGGCUUAGAUCAUAUCAUGGCUCAAUUAAACAAUGGAAUUCUUACCUUGGAGUGUAAGAAUAAGUCCUGGCAGACACAGGUCAGUCUCUGGGCCGGCCUGUCCUAUUGCGAUGGGCGAUGGAACAACGUGCACCUAACAAAAGAAGGAUCUUCACUUUCGGUGCUGCUCAAUGACUUGGAAGAACGCGUGGCAGAAUCUGAAACGGCAGCGCUAGAAAUAAACGUGACUUCUCCGGUGUUUGUAGGAGGAGUCCCAGAGAGGGUACGAAGCUUGUUCCCGGAACUGCAGGCGCUGCAAGGUUUCGGUGGCUGCAUGAAGGAUCUCAGUUUCUCCCCAGGCGUGGUUGUGGCCACUGCAGAGGUGUCCAGCUCGGCUGUGAGAGUCAGUCUGGAUGGCUGCCCGUCUGCCUGCGGCUCUGUCACCUGCAGGGGGAACGACUCCACCAUCAUCUACAGAGGGAGAGAGCAGCUAUUCCAUGACCAUAAUGUGCAGCCAUUUACAGAAUAUUUGUAUAGAGUAAUUGCUUCAAAUGAAGCGGGAUCAGGAGCGAGCGAUUGGAGUCGCGGUCGUUCCAAAGCAUCUGUUCCAACGAGCGGGAAGACUCCCCUAAGAGUGCUCGGUGUAAGCGGAUACAGCGUCACCGUGGCCUGGGACAGACCAGCUGGGGUCAGAGGAGUAAUUCAGCAGUACAUACUGACAGCAGAAGCCGCGAGCAGCCCCAAUGUGUCUACAGUCAGAUCUGUUAUUCCGGACACCAGCCAAGACAAUGGCACCCUGGCAGGCCUGCUGCCCUUUACACAGUACGCUGUAACGUUAUCCGCCUGCACAGACGCUGGUUGCAGCGAGAACUCCCAUCUUUUGAACGUCUCCACUCUCCAAGAAGCUCCAGGCGGUGUUCAGGCACCCGCUACAAAAUCUUCUCCCAAUUCAUUAUAUUUACGCUGGUUCCCUCCCGAACACCCAAAUGGGGUUAUAACAAUGUAUACAUUAUACAUGGAUGGCCGGCAGAUUUACACAGGGAGUGGGACAGAAUACAACGUCACUGGAUUGGCGACUUUCACGGCGCACCAGUUCAUGGUGGCCGCCUGCACCAUCGUGGGUUGUACGAACAGUUCACGUGUCACCUUGUGGACAGCACAACUGGCGCCGGAAUACGUGUCUCCUCCGGUGCUGACGGUCCUGGAUUCAGCAAGUAUACACGCUCAGUGGUCGGAGCCAGAGACAAUCACUGGCGUUGUGGAGCGUUAUCUAUUGCAUAUCACAGACGACGUGACCAAUGGAACGUCCUGGAACACUGUCUAUAACUGCACCGAUCUCUUUCUGGAUUACACAAUCCCAGGACUUACACCAGGAACCAGAUACUCUGUAAAAAUGAGUGCCUGUACCGGAGGAGGAUGUGUAAUGAGUGACAGCACUGAGGCUUCCACAGAAGAAAGUGCACCGAGUGGUGUCCACACUCCGAAGAUUCACUCACAUUCUCCUGAUUCCUUCAAUGUCUCCUGGUCCAAACCGCAGCACCCAAAUGGCAUUAUAAAAUGGUAUGGGCUGUACAUGGACGGAAUCUUAAUGCAGAAUUCUUCACAUCUGAGUUAUUUUGUGGAUGGUCUGGCUCCCGGGAGUAAGCAUUCCUUCAGGCUGCAGGCUUGUACUGCAAAGGGCUGCGCCUUAGGUGAAAAGGAGAAUCUGUUGAAUGAUCUAGAGGGUGAGAAAGAAAGGCCUUUGGCCAAAACAUCCAUAUGUACAGAGUUCUUCCCUGAGAUCUGUCCUUCAAAAUGCAAGAUAGAAAGCAUCUUUGUAAAUAAAAUGUUCUGGUCUCUUAUUGAGUUCUUCCCUGAGAUCUGUCCUUCAAAAUGCAAGAUAGAAAGCAUCUUUGUAAAUAAAAUGUUCUGGUCUCUUAUUGAGUUCUUCCCUGAGAUCUGUCCUUCAAAAUGCAAGAUAGAAAGCAUCUUUGUAAAUAAAAUGUUCUGGUCUCUUAUUGGUGAUGAAAUUCGCAACAUUUCCCAUUCCAAAAGGAUAUUGCAUCAGAGUCAUGAGAGUAAGAAGUGGGUGUCUGUCCGCGGUCUGGUCCCGUUCUCUAGUUACACUGUUGAAGUGAAUGCGUCUAACAGCCAGGGUCAUGUCACAAGUGACCCCAGCGUAAUCACCAUGCCCCCCGGAGCUCCAGAUGGCGUUCUGCCUCCCAGGCUUUCAUCUGCCAACCCGACCAGUCUUCAGGUUGUCUGGUCUUCACCAGUUCGCAAUAACGCCCCUGGCCUACCCCACUAUCGGCUCCAGAUGAGAUCCACGGAUUCCACCAACAAAGUCACAGAUGUGUUCUCAGGUCCCAGCGCCUCCUUCACGUAUACCAUUAAAGAUCUGAGUCCGUAUACGACGUACGAAGUCAGGAUCCUCGCCUGCAAUGCGUACGGGGAUACCUACAGCAGAUGGACGAAUGUUUCUACUGGGCAAGACAAACCAGAAUUCAUGGACCCUCCUCUUCCUUCCUCUGUGAAACCAAGAUCCAUAACCAUCACUUGGCAAUCGCCAACAAAACCAAACGGUAUAAUAACCCACUACAACCUCUACCAAGAUGGAAGCCUGCAGGUGGUUGUUCCAGGAAACAGCUCCAGCUUCACGUUUGAUGGUUUAGUUCCAUACACGAGUUACCGGUAUCAGCUGGAGGGGUGCACAUCUGCAGGUUGCUCGCUAUCACAAGAGUCGCUGGUCAUAGAGACCCUUCCAGAUGCCCCAAGCUACGUCCUGGCGCCUGACCUCUGGUCUGAGAGCCCCACAUCAGUGACCAUUCGGUGGAAGCCUCCGCUCCACCCAAAUGGUGUCCUGGAAAAGUUUAGUAUUGAGAGGCGGCUAAAGGGGGCAGAAGACGUGCACAUGGUAGUAACGUUACCUGGAGAUGCUCCAAGGCAGUACAUGGAUGAGACAAGUGACCUUAACCCCUGGGUGACAUAUGAGUACAGGAUUGUGGCCACAACCUAUAACGGAGGAACAAACCGCAGCGACUGGUCAGAAGUCACAACAAGACCCUCAAGACCAGUUGGGGUCCAGGCUCCAGAAGUAACUAUAUUAGGCCCGUAUGCAGCAAAGGUCACCUGGAAGCCCCCCCUUAAAGCAAACGGAGAAAUAUUGCGCUAUGAGAUCCGCAUACCGGAACCUCGGGUGGUUAUAACGGACACUACGUUACUAAGCUACACCGUCACAGGUCUCAUCCCAUACACUAACUACUCUGUGAGCGUUGUGGCCUCCUCUGGUGGGGGAACGUAUAUUGGGGGAAGCACUGAAAGCUUGCCGACUCUAGUGACCACUCAGCCGGCACCGCCUGAGGGCGUCAGCCCCUUAUCUGUGGUUCCUGUUAGUGAGACCUUCAUAGCCCUCACCUGGCAGCUUCCUUCCAGGCCCAAUGGACCAGACAUAAGAUAUGAACUCCUGAGACGCACAAUCCUGCAACCACUUGCAUCAAAUCCCCCUGAAGAUUUAAAUCUGUGGCAGAAUAUUUACUCAGGAACUCGGUGGUUCUAUGAAGAUAAGGCUCUUAGCAGGUACACAUCCUAUGAGUACAGACUGAUUGUACACAAUGCGGUGGGACAUACGCCUGGUACAGACGUGAUUGCAACAACACUUCCGGGAGCGCCUGUAAGAGGAAGUCAUCUCACCGCCCACGCUGUCAGCCACACCGCCAUCGAGGCUUCAUGGUCCAGACCCACUGUGCAGGACCUACAAGGUGAUGUGGACCAUUAUACCGUCGUACUGAAAUCAGCCAAAUAUAACAAGUCGCUGACAUUCCCGGCGGAUGUCACCCAUGCAGAGAUCGGCGGCUUACAUCCCAACACAAAGCACCGGCUCUACCUGGAGGUCUCCAACGGCCCCCACAGUAUAAGCGGCGGCUGGGUCCACGUGACCACCCUGGAUGGAGAGCCUCAGGGUGUGCUACCUCCAGAGGUUGUGGCAAUCAACAGUACAGCUGCACGAGUCAUCUGGACGCCCCCUUCAAAUCCAAAUGGCGUUGUCACAGAGUAUUCCAUCUAUGUGAAUGAUAAGCGCUACGAGACGGAGGGGAACACACCCCAUCAGCUCCUGCUGGGAGGUCUGGCUCCAUACACUGUCUACAACGUGCAGGUCAAAGUCUGCACUGUAUACGCUUGUAUAAAAAGUAACGCGACUCAAGUUACGACUGUCGAGGGAAAGCCAAAUAAGAUACCGUGGCCAAAAAUAAGCAGGAUCAGCUCCAGAUCGGUGCAGAUUCAUUGGGCUCCACCGGAAGAACCUAAUGGAAUUAUACUCGGCUAUGAAGUCAGGAGAAAGGGCAUAUAUCCUUGUGAUAAUAUACAGAGAAGAGGACGGGAUGAGAAUGGUAAAUUGUGCCUGUUAGUCACUUGCAGGAGAGAUGAAGACGUGUGCGGAGACAAGUGCUAUAACCCUUAUACGCAGGUAUGUUGCCGGGGUGUUUUGCAUGACAGAAGAGAUGGAUAUGAAUGCUACGAGGAGGAAUACAUUGUAUCCAGCGACGAUUCUCCCCAUAUUUGUUGUGCUGGUCAAAUACACGUUAUUCAACCUGACCAUCAGUGUUGUGGGGGAUAUUACAUGAGAAUCCCGGCAGGAGAAGUCUGCUGCUAUGACAGGACGCAGAACGCAGUGGCGGCUGGUGACGGAGACUCCUGCUGCGGGGGGAAUCCCUACUGGUCAUCUGGUCAUCAGAUCUGCUGCGGAGACUCGCUCUACGAUGGCUUUAACCAGCGGUGCUGCGGUGGCAAAAUAAUUUCGCAACACUUUAUCUGCUGCGGUGACGGAGACACAGGAACGAUGUACAGGAGAUCUGCAGGCUUGUCCUGCUGCGGCACCCACUAUGUGAAUCUGUCAGAGACUACAUGCUGUUCGGGAUCUAAUGGACAAUUUAAAGCACAUCUGAAGUUAAAUAAUGGGAUGCCAUUAAAAUGCUGUGAAACCGAAGUGAUUACUGCAGAGGAAGGAUGCUGUAACGGAAUUGGAUAUAAUCCAGUGACUCAUGUUUGUUCUGACAAGCCGCGGACAGAAAGCCUUAGCACGGAACAAAAGUGCCAUUCGGAUAUUUUAUGUCCAGUCUCCGCGUCUUCUGCUGCGUAUUGUGGACAGUGCCACUUUAAUGCCACUACUGACUCUUGUUUCUGGACUGAACGUGUGAUUAAUGGUGGCUCCGGACACGUGGCAGAGGACACACUUUGCCUGUCAGACGAGGAGAUCGUAUACACUGGGGGAACAGACAAAUAUUCAUUUACUGAUACCGGCGUGAAUCCUGACACUACCUAUGAAUACAGAGUGUCAGCCUGGAACAGCUUUGACUACAGUUUCAGCAAUGUCAGCAGGGUAACGACCUAUCAGGACAGGCCUCAGGGAAUAGGCCCGCCGUGGUGGGCCACAGUGGGCAGUCGUAAAGAUGUAAUUUCCCUGAGCUGGGAAGAACCCAAGAAACUGAAUGGUAAUGUUUAUUAUGUGCUUCUACGUGACGGAGUUGAGCGGUUUAAUGGGUCGCAGCAAAGUUUUCAAGACCAGGGUGGAAUCCAGCCGUAUAAAGAGUACACCUAUAAACUGAGAGCGUGCACAGUAGCCGGGUGUUCAGACAGCGCCAAGGUCUUUGCAGCCGUUGAACAGGGAAUUCCGGAAAACGUCUCACCACCUGUCAUCACGACGGUGAACGCCACCGCUCUACACCUCAGCUGGGCGGCUCCUAAAAGACCAAAUGGCGACAUCAGAGAAUAUCAGAUUCACCAGACGGAUGGAGGACUGAUCCAUGUCAGCACAGCGGGAAGGAGGCAGUAUACUGUAUCAGGUCUUCGGCCAUAUACGAAAUACGUCUUCUUCCUCACGGCGUGCACCUCUGUUGGAUGCAACAGCAGUCAGAUGGCGUCAGGCUACACAUCGCCAGCCCCCCCUCAGGGAGUGCGGUUAGAGCCUUGCCACGUCACAAUCAAUUCCUCGGUGCUGGAACUAUAUUGGACAGAACCUGAGAUGCCCAAUGGGAUGAUUUCUCAGUAUAGACUGAUACGGAACAGGACAGUCAUUUCCACCAGAAGUGGGGAUUAUCUGCGUUUCACGGACGUUGGCCUGCAGCCCAACAGCAGGUAUUUUUACCAGCUGGAAGCCAGAACGGAAGCAGGAAGCAACGUCAGUAAUAUCUAUGUUGUGGAAACGCCCGGUGAGACCCCAGAGAAGAUCCCUGUUCCAUACAACGUCACUGUACUGGGGCCGGAUUCUGUAUUUGUGGCUUGGGACGUUCCAGGUGUGUAUAAUCCCAGCAUGCCCCUGGAGUAUAACAUCUUGCUGAAUGCGGGUUGUAUGGACGUUCACCCAGCCGGAGGGAAACAGUUCAUCAUUUUGGAAGACCUGAUCCCUGGGGCUCAGUAUUACAUCCGGGUACAAGCUUGUCAGAAUGGCCCCGAAUCUCAGACGCCCUCAAUGGAACUCUCAAUACAAGUCCCAGCAGCUGCGACAUUUGCAUAUUUUCGGACAGCCUCUGGAUACAGAAUGAAAGCUGAAUCAGGCCCAAAGCGCCUUGCUGGCCAUGAAGGAAUUGUGAUAUUACUCAUCUGGUCGGCUGGGACCUUGGAGCAUAUAGAUUCCUCAGAAGAGCUGCAGCCUUACACCGCAUAUGAAUACAGCAUCACGGCACAGAACAGUGCGGGCUCUGUACGAAGUCUGUGGUCUUUCAUUUACACCCCUGAGGCUGCACCUGAAGACAUCCGACCACCCAAUGCACAAGUAACAAGUGCAUAUUCCACGCUCCUGGACUGGAUGGCUCCGGCAUGGCCUCAUGGCGUAAUAACGCAUUAUCGUAUUAUGUAUCAAGACAUCACAGGUGAUUCCAACUCCUCCCCCUGGUCUACAGUAACGGUGCCGGCAGGAACGUACCAGGCGAAAGUAUUCGGAUUACUCCCUCAUACAACAUACAACAUUUGUAUUGAGGCCUCCAAUAGCGCCGGAAGCGCGUCUAGUGCGCAGAUCUCCAUAAAGACAUGGGAGGCUGCGCCGCGCGGCCUGAAUAACCUCACUGUGGUCAAGAAGGAAAAGGGGCGAGCAUUACUGUUGUCGUGGUCACAGCCGCAAAGAAUGAACGGGCUACUGCUGACGUAUACCGUAUACAGCGAUGGCAACCCGGAAUACAGCGGCCUGUCCCGCCAGUUCUUACUCCGCCGCCUUGAACCUUAUACAGUUUAUACGCUGGUACUGGAAGCCUGCACUGCCGGUGGCUGCACCAGGACCGUCCCACAGCUUGUCCAGACAGAAGAAGCGUCUCCAUCCUCCCAGCUUCCACCUCAAAUAAAGUCCCAUAACGCCAGCCACAUACAGCUGACCUGGUUACCCCCAGUCCAUCCAAAUGGGAAAAUUCUACGAUAUGAUCUUAUGAAGCGUUGCACCAAAGGAAACUCUCCGAGCAGCCGAAACAACGCGUCUGAAAGUGUUGUAUUUACAGAAAGGAACGCAGAGCAAAGCGCUUUCACCUAUACAGACGGAGGAUUGCAGCCCUGGACGCAGUAUGAGUAUAAAGUUCGAGGCUGGAACUCUGUUGGAUUCGCUGACAGCAUAUGGAUCAUGGGCCAGACCACCCAGGCCGCUCCAAGUGGUCUUCACCCUCCUAAGUUAUUCCAUGGGGAAAACCGUCCAAACCAAGUGAUUAUACAGUGGUCCAAGCCGGAGGAAGAAAAUGGAAAUAUACUGUAUUACAAGUUGCAAAAAGAUAACAUUACCUCUGUUUUUAGCCUUGAUCCUGCCACAUUCAGUUAUACCGAUGAGGAGGUACUCCCUAAUUCUGAGUACACCUAUUGCAUAGUAGCCUGUACGCUGGGGGGCUGCGCCGUCAGUGAUCCCACACACAUAAGAACAUUGGAAGGGCCGCCAGAUUCGGUAAAUCCACCCACCGUUGAGCCGAUCAGUGCCACGGAGGUCAAUGUGACCUGGUCACCUCCGUCCAUACCAAAUGGACAGAUCACUAAAUACAUGGUUCAUGUAGAUAACGAGACCUAUUACGCCGGAAAGAGACUAUGGAUAACUCUAUCCAACCUGCAGCCGUUCACGGCGUACAAUACCAGGCUGGUGGCCUGCACCAAUGGUGGCUGCACGAGUAGCUCGCCUGCGUCCACCAGGACGAUGGAAGCUCGCCCGUCCCACAUGGUAGCCCCAAGUCUAACAGCGACAAGCGCACAAUCCAUUAAAAUAUCAUGGCGACCGCCAGAUAGGCCCAAUGGCGAUAUUGCAAGCUAUGGGCUGCGUAGGGAUGGUCAGCUGGUGUAUGUCGGCUUAGAUACUUAUUACCAUGACUUAGGGUUGGAACCAGGGACAGAAUAUACUUACACAGUACAAGCCAGCAACAGUCAGGGAAGUUGCUUAAGCAUCCCUGCGAAAAUUAGGACGCACCCGUCCCUGCCGUCUGGGAUGGAGCCGCCUACACUGCACGCGAGAAGCGCCAACGAGAUUCUAGUAACUUGGAAAACUCCUCUAAGGCCCAAUGGCAUCAUACUCAAUUAUACUCUAUAUGUCCAACACAUGGCCGAAAUGAAAGAGAUACAGUAUUACUUUAACAGUUCCAUCAUUUCCCUGAAUGGACAUUCGUUUGUAAUAAAGGACCUGAAUCCAUAUAAUAAGUAUGAAGCAAAGGUUGAAGCCUGCACUCUAUUGGGUUGUGCUGUUAGUGAAUGGGCGACAGUUCAUACAUUGGAGGCGGCCCCAGAGUCACAGCCCGCGCCUCUAAUAGACGUACAGACAAAUAACCGGGCGCCGUUACUGGCUUGGAAUGGUCCCCAGGAACCGAACGGGAAAAUCAUGAGCUAUGAAAUUUAUCGCAGGAGAUUAAAUGACGCAAUGGAUCCAGUUUCCAACGAGUUAGUCUUCAACGGGUCAUCAAAAACAUUUCAGGAUGUCACUUUGCUGCCGUACACGGAGUACGAGUAUCAGGUGUGGGCUGUGAAUUCCGCAGGGAGAACGCCCAGCUCCUGGACUUCCUGCAGAACUGGCCCCGCACCCCCAGAAGGUGUACAUGCUCCCACAUUCCACAGGGUGUCUUCUACGUCUGCCGUGGCCAAUAUAACCCCUCCAACGAAGCCCAAUGGCGUAGUCAUCCUAUAUAGACUAUUCUCCAGGACUAACAGGGGGGGCGACACUGUGCUGUCUGAAGGAAUAUCAAACACGCAGACUGUCUACGGCCUGACGCCCUUCACUAAUUACUCAGUCGGGGUGGAGGCCUGCACUUGUGUGACAUGUUGUAGUCAGGGACCUGUGGCUGCGCUGAAGACCCUGGCAGCGACACCCUCCCACCAGCGACCUCCACGUGUAACGCACAAAGCUUCAAGGGCAGUUUCUCUGCAGUGGAGUGAGCCGCGGUCACCUAAUGGCAUUAUUCAAAGGUAUGAAGUCCACGUGCAGGUGAUCUGUCCUCUGACUGCUGAGAAUGUUGGGACGUCUUGUACUGAAGGACCACUGGAAGUUAAAUACUCUGGAAGGAAAGACACUUGUGAAGUCACAGACCUCCAGCCGUUCACGACUUACCGCCUGCGCGUCGCGUCCUACAAUUCAGAGGGCAGCACGAGCUCUGACUGGGUCACUUGCACAACUUCAAAGGAAAAACCCGUUUACAGGUCAAACAUUUAUGUGUUAAGCAAUCUGACAACAAUAUUCCUGGACUGGAGACUCAGCUUUCAGCUCAAUGGCCAGUUGAGAGAGUUUGUCGUAGCCGAGAGAGGACAGCGCCUGUAUAGUGGGUUAGACAGCAGCAUCCAUAUUCCAAAGACCACAGAUAAAACUUUUUACUUUCAGGUGACAUGCACAACUGACAUGGGAAGUGUGAGCACGCCAAUAGUGAGAUUCAACUCAGCUACCGGACUAGCUCCUGCGCAAACUUUCCCGAACACGAGAAACGGCACGGAGGCGAGAGGAAACGCCAUCUACACGGAGCUGUGGUUUAUACUCCUCAUGGCCCUGAUAGGGUUAUUGCUGCUGGCCAUUUUCCUGUCACUCAUAUUGCAGAGGAAGCUGACAAAACAGCCCUACCCAAGGGAGCGGCCGCAAUUAGUCCCCGCCCAGAAAAGGAUGUCUCCGGCGGGGACUUACCUGCAGAAUGACACCUACACGGGAAUGUCGGAUAUAAAGAUCUCGGGAAUGGAGACUCUCACGAGCCAAAACACAACAGUGGUCAGGAAGACGAACCAAAGUCAGAUCAGCCACAGCUUCUCCCAGAAUUCCCUGUACCGCAGCGCCAGCCAACUCCUCGCUUCCCAUGAUAAGAAGUCCAUAGUAGAUGGUUCCAUAUGGGACCUUCCAGGACAUGAUAGUGGGAUGUAUAUGGACGAUGAAGAUCUGAUUAGCACCAUAAAAAGCUUCAGCACAGUGACCAAGCAACACACGGCCUUCACCGACACACCCCUGUAAUGUGCUCCUGUUACCGACACACCCCUGUAAUGUGCUCCUGUUACUGACACACCACUGUACGGUGCUCCUGUUACCGACACACCUCUGUAACAAGCUCUUGUUACCGACACAUCCCUGUAAUGUACGUCUGUUACCGACACAACCCUGUAACAUGGUAAUAAGCUCCUGACCAAUUGAUGCAUGCCUUUACCAGUAAGCCUACCUAACAUGGAGACAACACAUGGCCGGAAACAACACACCGCCAUAACAUGGACAACACAAGGCCGGAAACAACACACCGCCAUAACAUGGAGACAACACAUGGCCGGAAAAAACAUACAGCCAUAACAUGGAGACAACACAUGGCCGGAAAAAACAUACAGCCAUAACAUGGACAACACAUGGCCGGAAACAACACACCGCCAUAACAUGGAGACAACACAUGGCCGGAAACAACACACCGCCAUAACAUGGAGACAACACAUGGCCAGAAACAACACACCGCCAUAACAUGGAGACAACACAUGUCCGGAAACAACACACCGCCAUAACAUGGAGACAACACAUGGCCGGAAAAAACAUACAGCCAUAACAUGGACAACACAUGGCCGGAAACAACACACCGCCAUAACAUGGAGACAACACAUGGCCGGAAACAACACACCGCCAUAACAUGGAGACAACACAUGGCCAGAAACAACACACCGCCAUAACAUGGAGACAACACAUGGCCGGAAACAACACACCGCCAUAACAUGGAGACAACACAUGGCCGGAGACAACACACCGCCAUAACAUGGAGACAACACAUGGCCAGAAACAACACACCGCCAUAACAUGGAGACAACACAUGGCCGGAAACAACACACCGCCAUAACAUGGAGACAACACAUGGCCGGAGACAACACACCGCCAUAACAUGGAGACAACACAUGGCCAGAAACAACACACCGCCAUAACAUGGAGACAACACAUGGCCGGAAACAACACACCGCCAUAACAUGGAGACAACACAUGGCCAGAAACAACACACCGCCAUAACAUGGAGACAACACAUGGCCGGAAACAACACACCGCCAUAACAUGGAGACAACACAUGGCCGGAAACAACACACCGCCAUAACAUGGAGACAACACAUGGCCGGAAACAACACACCGCCAUAACAUGGAGACAACACAUGGCCGGAAACAACACACCGCCAUAACAUGGAGACAACACAUGGCCGGAAACAACACACCGCCAUAACAUGGAGACAACACAUGGCCGGAAACAACACACCGCCAUAACAUGGAGACAACACAUGGCCGGAAACAACACACCGCCAUAACAUGGAGACAGCUUCCCGACAAAGCGACACUGCCUUUCCCAAUAAACUAUUGUAACCUAGAGACAACCACGUAAUGACCUGAAACAUGCCCGUCAACAAUACACCGCUGUAUAACAAAGAUGAUCAUUGUGACCAAGCAACACACAACCUUCAAUGUAACACACACACCAAGGAGCCAACAACAACAAAGUGACACAUGGCCGUCAGCAUUAAGCCUUUGUACCAUAGAGAUAGACAGUGACGAAGCAACGCACAGGGGCAGCGAAUGAUCCGAGAACGUACGGCCCCAACCAGCCCACCAUUAUGGUCUGAUGCCUGCCAGAGCGCUCACGCAGAACGGACGAUUGCACAUCGGAGUAUGACCUCAGCGCAGCACAACGCGGCCCCUCAGGGACACACAAAGCCUAAAGCAGUACAGUUUCCAUCACUACACAACCUGAUGGCCUUUACUAAAGACAAUCAGUCAAUUUAUUUAAUUCUACUAUUUAGUAUUAUGGCCCAUAUUUAUCAAGCCUUGGAGAGUGAUAAAUAGCAC